AUGUUUCCAGGAGACGGAGACGAUGAGGUACAUGAAUAUAUACCCGAAGAGGUAGCGGCUGCAGACGUUGAAAAUCCCUGGACCAUGUUCUUUGAUGGGUCGUCAUAUGGUACUGUUGGAGGAGCCGGAGUAGUAUUCGAAGCCCCACGAGGAGAGCUGCUCUCAUACUCGUUUAAACUGGACUUCCGGUGUAGUAACAACGUUGAUGAAUACGAAGCAUUGAUUUUGGGACUCCGAAUUGCAAAGGAGAUCAAUUUGGGGAGCGUAGAAGUCAAAUGCGAUUCGAUACUCGUAACAAACCAAGUAAACGGUGACUUUCACGUCAAAGAACCGCACUUAGCACCGUAUCGGGCAGAGGCCCAAAGGUUGAUGAAACAAACGGGGUCAACAUUGGACCAUACUGGCAGAGGUGGAAAUAAUCACGAGUAUGCCUCGGCAACUUUAACAAUUAAUGUAAAAUUAAUUGGUGAAGAAGAGGGCACAGUCACGAUACGAAGAAAGAAGCUGCCUAACACUUGGAAAGAGGAUAGGUCUUUCGAGGAAGCAGAUGACUGGAGGCGGAUAUAUAUCGAAGACCUGACUCAGAUGGAUGAAGGUCGGGUGAUUCCCACCCAACCCUUGAAGAAAUUUGUAAUUAUCCAAGGGGCCUUGUACUAUAGGGCAGCCGGAGGAUCCCUUGCGAGGAAACUUCAAAGGUUGGGUGUAUAUUGGCCGAGCAUGUCAGCUCAAGUGGCAGUACUCCAAGACAGCUGCGCCGAUUGUCAAACUCCACCGCAACCCGCGGAAGUCUGCACUGCUGAGGAAGUAUACUCGAGACAACCCUAUAUUGAUUUCAUCCAACAUGGGAAAUUACCCAGUGACAGGCAGGAGUCUCUGAAAAUCCAAAAGAAGGCGACGCGUUUCUUCAUGCAUGAAGGCGUUCUUCAUCACAUAAGUUAUAGUAAUGCAGUACUGCGAUGUUUGUCAGAUCAGGAAGCAGUAGAGUGGGUUGAAGCAAUACCCCUCAAAGAUUAUGCUGGAGCUACAGUAGCCGCGCUCAUUAAAGAACACAUCAUUUAUAGGUUCGAUGCUCCUAUGAUAAUCAGAUCAGAUAAUGUCAAGUCGUUUGUAAAUAAAGAUGUGAUUGAUCUGCUCCGCCAAAAUAACAUAAGACUUCACACGUCAACUCCCUACUAUCCCAAAGGGAAUGGGAAAGCGGAAGCAAUGAACAAAACGCUCAUCCGAAUCCUUAGCAGGACAGUGCAUGAUCAUUAUAUAGAAUGGCACGAGCAGUUUUCGCUGGCGCUCUGGGCAUACAGGAACUCGAAACGUAGUUCCACGGGAGAAUCACCCUAUUUACUAGUCUAUGGAGAAGACGCGAUACUGCCUGCAGAGAUAGCAAUCCCAUCUGCAAGAGUGGCAAUGACUAUCCAUACCAUACCUGACGAAAUAAGUCGUUUUGCCCACUUAGACACAAUAGAGGAAAACAGAACACGAGUGGAAAGAUUCGCGGAAGCCUACAGAAAUCGCACGGCUAAUUACUAUAACCAAAGCGUGAAGGAGAGGACAUUUAAGGCGGAUGACUUGGUCUUAAAAAUAUCCUCUCACGUACAAAGGAAUGCCAACGCAGGAAAGUUUUCCGCAAAUUGGAAGGGCCCGUUCAAGAUAAGGAAAGUGGCAGAAAGUGGAUACUACAAGCUUAGGCAUAUGAACGGAACCAAGGUGAAAAUGCCUAAUAAAGGAAAGUGGUUGAAAAAAUUUCAUGCAUGA